AUGGAGGCGCUGCGGCGGCCGGCGCUGCCCGAGGACGCGGUGCGCUACCGCCUGUUCGCGGCGGCGGGCCCGGGCGGCGAGGCGCUGCUGCGGCGCUGCGCUGAGCUGGCCCUGGUGCGCUUCGCCCCGCUCCUGGCCGCCUACGUGUGGCAGCGGCAGCCGUUCCGCCUGCGCUACGUGCCGCGCCGCGGCGAGACCCCGGCGCACAUCGGCGGCACCACCGUGUUCGGGGAUAACGUGGAGGAUGAGUGGUUCAUUGUGUACCUGCUCCGGGAGAUCACCAGGGAGUUCCCGGGGCUGGCAGCCAGGAUUGAUGACAACGAUGGAGAGUUUCUCUUGAUAGAAGCUGCUGAUUUUCUCCCAAAGUGGCUCAAUCCUGAGAACAGUGAAAACAGGGUCAUCUGAUGAAUCCCAUGUUACCUUUGACGUGGAUUCUUUUACAAAAGCCCUGGACAGAAUUUUAGGUGAGACUGCUUCUUUCAUUG